AUGAGGUCAACGAGUAAACAGAAAAGAUGGCGGCGUGUGUCGCCGGAGAUAGGCUGUCAAACUCUACCAGGGCCAGGAGUGAGAGUCGUGACCGCUUCGGCGAGAAGUUGACAGAUUUGCCUACCGAGUUGUUGGAGCACAUCUUGUGCUUGCCGGUGCUCGAGCACGUCGACAUUUGUAAUGUGUCCUGCUGCUGCUUGCGUCUGCGCGACGUUUGCCACGGCCGAGGGAAGGUGUGGGGCCACCAGUACAAACUCAGAUGGCCACGGCUGCAAAGGUUUUACCCUCAGAACGAGAGCUACGACUGGCUGCGCGAGUACAAAACCCGCCACCGGGUGGGCAUCCAAAUCCGGAGGAUGGUGGAGUCCAUCUCCAAACGCUUCUUCAUGGAAGUGCCGUGCAUCGGCCAGGUGCUGGGCGACAGCUUUACUGAGAUUGAGUCACUCGGGAUGCCUGAGCACUUCUGCGAGGAUGAGCUGCUCUACAUUCUUCACACCGAUAGGAGGAAAAGCCUGACGUUGAAGUACUAUGCAAAGAAGAUCCUAUACUUCCUGAGACAGCAGAACAUCCUGCGCAAUCUCAAAAGCUUCCUGGAGCAGCCGCCCGAGCAGCAGUCGGCACUCGCAGGUGCCGUCCUGGUGGACCAGUACUGCAACCCGCUGACCGAAGUCACGCUGGACGGAAUAUCGGCGCAGGUUGACGACGUCACGGAGAUGGUCAAGAAGACGCUGCGGGCGAAGAAUCCGUCCCACCCCAGCCUUCGUGUUGUCGCAGGUGGGGAGCAUUUCCUGCUGGAGGAUUUUGAACUUCAACGUCAGGUGUUCUGUGCUCUUAACACUGUCUUGUACGACCAACUGCAGUACCAGGGUGACCAGUUGGACUACUAUAACCCCCUCAACUCCUACAUGCACCAGGUGAUGCUUCGCCGCAAGGGCAUCCCCAUAAGCCUCUCAGUGCUCUACAUGACACUGGCCUUGAGGUUGGGCGUCAAGCUGGAGCCGGUCAACUUCCCCAGCCACUUCCUUCUGCGUUGGUGCCAAAAAGCACAAGGGAGCGACGACAUCUACGACUACGUGUACAUCGACGCUUUCGGCAGAGGCAACCAGAUGACGGUCAAAGAGUGCGAGUGCCUCUUCGGGCACCAGGCCAGCGCCGACUACUACGGUGGCAUCGGCACCACUGAGGUGCUGCUCAGGAUGGUGGGAAACCUGCUCAACAUCGGGAAACGAGGGGAAGGCCACGAGACGUCUUACCAGCUCUUGAGGGACACGCUGGACCUUUUCCUCACCAUCAACCCAGACAACGUCUCGUACCUUCUGCUGCAGGCCCGACUCUACUUCCACCUCGGCAUCUGGCCCGAGAAGGUUCUGGACAUCUUGCAGCACAUCCAGGCGUUGGACCCGUCGCAACAUGUCGCAGUGGGCUACCUGGUCCAACACACACUGGAGCACAUCCAGCACAAGAAGCACCCCGCCGCCCCCGAGGUGAAGCGGCGGGGGACGGCCGACCACGGGGACAUCCGCUACUCCGUGGGGCUCGUCAUGAAGCACAAGAGGUCGGGUUACAACUGCGUCAUCUACGGCUGGGACCCCAAGUGUACCAUGAGCCAGGAAUGGAUCACCACCAUGAGGGUCCACCAGCUCCCCGAUGGCGCUGAACAACCCUUCUACAAUGUCCUGGUGCAGGACGGCACCUGCCGAUAUGCAGCACAAGAGAACCUGGAGCCUCACUCAGACCCUCCUGAGAUCGGGCACCCUGAGGUGGGCCGGUACUUCUGCGAGUUUGCCUACACGCACUAUGUGGCCAACGACGAGCUGAGGACACGCUACCCCGACGAUUCGGACCACAUGGAGGAGGUGGCGCGCGACCUCUACUCGCAUGUGCGCCCGCCCACACCCAUGUAGCCACAACAUUUGCUGUCUGUUCAUGUCUAACAUGAAAAAGAAAACACAGGGCGAGAAACGUGGACUGCCCCGUGGACUGGCCCCUUCAUUAGGUACACCUGCACAGGCUAAUUACAUCAAAUCCCAUGCAAAAAGUCAUCUUUUUUUGUUUUAAAGUUAUUCACUUAACAGGAGCGAGGAAAGCUCUUCUUAUAGUCGCAUAGCUCAUUCAGGCCACCAAAAUAUUAGGAAUGCCGACCACCAACCACAGUAAUUGUUAAUAUUAAAGAUACUGUAACUGUCA